AGAAUGCCCUGUCCCGCUGUGAUUUAGGUGUCAUUACUUCCUUCUUCUUUUUUUUGUUUUUGUGAUUCUCUGCCUACUCCACAGACAGCAGGAAGAUGGCUUCAGCACAUGACAGAGCUGUUCUCCAGGCUAUAUUCAACCCCACCACCCCCUUUGGAGAUGUUUCUGCCCUGAACCAAGAGGAAGAAUUAAUUGAUGAUGACAGGGGUUUUGACAUGGAGUUGCUGAAGCAAGUGAGAGAGCUGGAGAUGCAGGGUGUCUCAGCGGCAGAGGCUGGGGAGUUGCAAGCUGCUCUUCAGCUGUUCAGCCAGGCAGUCCACAUCCUGCCUCAGCGAGCCUCUGCCUAUAACAACCGGGCCCAGACCCUGCGGCUGCUGGGGGACACAGCAGGAGCCCUUCAGGAUCUCGAUCAAGCCAUCUCCCUCAGCGGCGGUGCAGGACGCAGCGCCUGCCAGGCUCUGGUACAGAGAGGCCUCCUGCGGAGACUAGCGUGCCAGAAUGAUGAGGCCAGAGUGGAUUUUGAGAAAGCGGCUGCUCUCGGAAGUGAAUUUGCUCGACAGCAGGCAGUGCUUCUUAAUCCAUAUGCAGCUCUGUGCAACAAAAUGCUGUCAGAGGUGAUCAAUAAUCUUCGCAACCCCAUGUUGCCAGAGACGGAGUAGUCGGUGAAGAUAUUUUUGUCAGUGUCUUUUAUUCUGAUGCUGAAUGUCACAAAAUUAAAAUGUUUGCUUUUUUUAAUGUCUUUAAA